CUAUUGCCGCUGUUCGUGCAUACGUUGUCACCAGUGGCCAGUGGCAUUGGACAGUUAUAGCGUCAGUGUUUGGCCUAUCAAGCGCUGCUCUCACUGUGGUGCGCAUACAGUCUCUGUUCAGAACAAGACGACGCUGACAUUAGCCCAACAUACUCUGAUACCAAGUUUCUCAUAUCCCAAGCUCACUAUCGGGUUGAUGAAAUCCAAUCCUCUUGGAUAUGCAGUGUGUCAACGAACGUCUCCGCGUCGUUCAACACAACAGGUAUUUGACUCACAUCGAAGCACUAUGAUUUCUCAUGACUUCACUCGUUCAGCGACUAUCAUUGUCGUCUUAUGCAACAUUCUGGCCGAUCUAAUCGUCAUUAUUGUAACGUGGGUGCACAUGUCAGGAUUAAUCAGACUCCAAGGGUGGAGACACUGGCAGUCGAGUACCCGUUCCAUUGUCUGGCUUCUAUUCAGAGAUGGGACCUUCUACUUUGUAGCUGUGUUCUCAGUGAAUCUCCUCGUUUUCAUCGCCGGCGUGUGCUUCCACGUACUAAACAUUGAUUAUCUUGCUAGCCUGGACACGCCACUGCAAUCGGUGUUGAUGUAUCGAUUUCUGAUCAAUUUGCGGGAAACGUCCGAUCGCGCAUACAUCGGGUCCCAAAGCACAUCCGGCGACAUUGAUCGGCUUCCAAAUACUACUAUCGAGGCGUCCUCCCUUAGAUUCGAACAAGUGCACACAGUCAACAGUGAGCAGGCGACAGGCAGCAGUGGAGAACAACUCGAUGUCGAUGGGGCGAACGCCGAUGAUAUCACCGGAUGCAGCAGCACUGCUUAAUGGGUUUGUCGGUUUUCAUGGACAGGCAAUUACCGGGCCAUUCCUCGACGCAAAACUAUUUCUCAAUCUCUCGAAAGCCUGAAAGAAUGAUGCAGAUGUAAUGAGCUAGUCGGGAAUCGAGGCCUGCAUUCGUGCUAUGUAGCGAGUAGGCGAUGGUAUUGUC